AUGGUUGGUCCUAACAUUUACACUAUUGGAGGAUUAGUGAAUGAUAACGCUUCGUCUAGCGUCACGGUCAUGGACUGUCGUUCUCACACAUGGCGUGAGGCACCACCUAUGCGUGUGGCCCGUGAGUUCCAAUCUGCUUGCGUCCUUGAUGGAAAAAUAUAUAUCCCUAGCGAGGAGAUAUUUGGAGGUUCUGAAUACAAAAGCAUAGAAUAUGAAGGAACUGUCUAUGUGAGGUCUGAGGCGAAGGAUGUGACUUACAAGCUUAAUAAAGACAGAUGGAGAACGGCAGACUUAGCGAUGAAUAGUGGAUGGGAUUGUCGAUCAUCAUCUUAUCGUGUGAUAGAAAACGUGUUCUACCGUUCUGAUGGUAAAACGGUCGACUGUUUAACUCGUUUUGCUUAUGUUAACUUGGUGAAUUAUGGUGGGAAAAUGGCAGUUUUGUGGGAAGAGUAUGUGGUGGCUAAAAACCAUAAAGAGACAAUGAUUUGGUGUGCGGAGUUUGCGAUUGAAAAACGCCAAAAGAGAGAGAUUUGGGGAAUGCUGGAGUGGGUUGACAUUGUACUCCUGUCUACAACCAAUGAGCCAUAUGGUUUAGCGCAUGUUCUUGCUACUACCAUUUGA